UUGUAAAUAUAACCUCAAAUAUUUAAAUAAUGAAUAAAAUAAGGCAAAGUAAUUAAUCUAAGUAAUUAUAAUAAUAUUAUACAGACCAAACAAUUGAAUUUAUUGGUCAAGAUGAGUGUUAUUCAUAAAAGUUUUAUAUUACUUCACAAAGGAAUCUUUAAAAAUAUUUAUUUGAACCUGACCACUCGACUUAUAACAACACCGGCACUAAACAAGACAGAGCAGAUAGAGUUUAUAAAAUCUGCUAUAGAAACUAGCAAAUCUGAAUCGAAUUGGUCAAAUUUAAAAAAUAAUGUUCUUUGCAAGCAUGGCAACUUAAACGAGAAGAAUAUUGAUGCUGUUAUAUUAAAAAUGAUGGUUGCUAAUAAAAAUUUUAAUGCUGCAUUAUCCUUUGCUAAUUAUUUACAGACGUCUAAUCAGGAGCUAUCACUAGGUGCCAUAAAUAGUCUUCUAAAUCUCUAUUAUGAAUAUUCCAAAGAAUAUGAGUUGUCGGAACCUGAGAAAAAAUUCAUUUUGAGUAGUUACACAAGUCUUUAUGCCAAAUACAAAGUACUGGAUAGUGUCACAAGUGAGAGACUUUUGCAUGCACUCUGUGCAAUAAAUGAAUGGAAAAAAUGUUUAAAGCUAUUAGAUGAUAUUUUACUAACCGGUGUUCCUAGUCAUUCUGCUUAUAGCACAGUAAUAGGAACCCUUUUCAAAAACAAUAAGAAAGCUGAAGCAUUGAAAAUGAUAGAGAAAAGUGAGAACAACAGAAGACCUCUUCAAGAUUAUGCAUAUGAAGAAUGGAUGAAGUAUAUUUUUAGGAAGUAUAAAGAUAAGAAGACUAUACUGAAAUAUUUGAAUGAGUUGUGUGAUCACAUAUCAAAGAAUUGUACUGUUGUGCCUGAGGCCACUGCACGGAAGUUGAAAGAAUCCUUUGAAGCCAUCAAUUGGACUGUUAAUUUUACUGAGAUAAAAAAACAUAGAGGUGAAUGUAAGAGCUGCAACCUAACAUUAGACUGCCUGAGGUUAUCUACAGAAGAAUUUACUACAUUACAGCAAAAUAUUAAAGAUAAACUCAUAGUUGGCUCCGAUUUAUUCCUUAAAACUUCUCCUGAGGAAUUAAAAAGGUUUACAGAAUUUGUUGAGAGAACUGCCCCUUACGAUAUAGUCUUGGAUGCAUUAAACAUCGCUUAUCUAGCUGGGAAAGUAGGUGGUGUCAAUGACAGGUUAAGAAUAUUGACAACUGUUAUGAAGCAUUUUGUAGAGAAAAAGAAAAAGAUACUGCUUCUUGGUAGGAAACACAUGCUGAGAUGGAACAAAGGAAUGCUGCUGCAACUUAUGAAGAAAACAGAUAGCUUUUUCACUGAAAACAUAUCACAAGACGAUCCCUACUUCAUAGCAGCGGCAAUAUUAAGCGGUCCACACACCGACAUAGUGUCGCGGGAUUUGCUUCGCGGCCACAGGUUUCUGCUGCAAAACGAAGAGUUGCGGCAACUGUUCCAGAGGUGGCAGUGGGAACAUCAGUGGAUGGUGUUUGCAGCUAGACAUAAACCUAUUAUACAGGAACCUCUAAAGUUCACACCAAUCGCUCAACAAAACUCGAAUGGCUGGCACCUUCCAUACGAGGCAGAGAAUGCAUCCACAUUAGGGCAAGUUAAUGACGGCAUACCUGACAAUUCCAGUUGGCUUUGCAUGAGAUCUAAGCCCUCAUCAGUUUUAAAGCCCUAGUCACACAAAACGCGCGACGGCUGCGAUUUCAAAGUGGUUCCUAGAAGUUGUAAGGAAGUGUAUGAAGACAUUAAUUUUCAUCGUUACCAUUGCGCUGCGUAGUGAGAUCCCGUUCUCGCAGCAUUUUUGCUGGGUGUAAUUAAUACCCUCUUGAAUGAAUUUUGGCCACGGCGCGGGCGGUCUAUCUCCAUAAAGAUUAUAAUAGCGCGGGAGAUAUUUAUUAUAGCGAACAAGUAUGUGCGCAAACACAGAUGCAGUCUUUAUUAAUAGUAGUUUAGAGAUUAUGUGCAACAGAAUUAGCCACAUUGAGAUAUGAAAUAAUAUGAUAAUAGAUUGUUUAUCAAUUUGUUAAUAAUAUAUUAUAUGUUUAUAACAAACUUGUUGAUUGAUGUAUGAUUGCAAUAUUAUGGGUAUAUUUUGUAUUAUUUAUGCAUGUUUUUAAAUAUUAGUUGAGUAUCUAUCAAAAUAAAAAAAAUGUGAU